GACUGCCUUCUGGACAAGAAACUUCCUUCCUCUGUCAGGGCACAGCCUGACCCUGGCAGCUCUUGACUGGCACCCUCACCGGCAGGCGGCACCUCGAGGGGACAGCACCUGGGUCUCAGAGCACAGGGCAGUAUCACCUGCUUCACGGUGGCCACUCGGCGGGUCAGGACUACCUGUGGCUUGGGGCUUCAUGCUCUGUCUUCCACCAGCACAGUCCUGACCUACCAGGGGAGUUUGUAAUAUUUAUUGAGAGAGAAAAAGUUCCUUACACCUCACUGCUUUGGAGCCUGGUUCUUAGACCAGCUUGAUUCUAAUCCCAACUCCACUACCAGUAACCUGGGUGCACGAACUUCUCGGGGCUUCCGUUUGCUUGUGUGUGAGAUGGGCAGGAUAAUCCACAAGGCAACAGCAAUCACAUUAGCAGGCAUUGGCUGUCGAGCACCAGGUGUGAUUGUGCGGAGGUACCAGGUGCUGCUGUCACUGAUGCUCUCCAGCCAAACCAAAGACCAGGUAACAGCAGGUGCCAUGCAGCGGCUGCGCGCUCGGGGCCUGACAGUGGACAGCAUCCUGCAGACAGAUGACAGCACGCUGGGCACGCUCAUCUACCCCGUAGGCUUCUGGAGGAGCAAGGUCAAGUACAUCAAGCAGACCAGUGCCAUCCUGCAGCAGCGCUAUGGCGGGGACAUCCCAGCUUCUGUGGCAGAACUGGUGGCACUGCCGGGCGUUGGGCCCAAGAUGGCACACUUGGCCAUGGCAGUGGCCUGGGGCACUGUGUCUGGCAUCGCGGUGGACACGCACGUGCACAGAAUCGCCAACAGACUCGGGUGGACCAAGACAGCGACCAAGUCCCCGGAGAAGACUCGUGCGGCGCUGGAAGCCUGGCUGCCCCGGGAGCUGUGGAGUGAGAUCAACGGACUGUUGGUGGGCUUCGGCCAGCAGACGUGUCUGCCCGUCCACCCGCAAUGCCAGGCCUGCCUCAACCGAAGCCUGUGCCCGGCCGCACGCAGCCUCUGCGGGCCGUGAAGCCUCGGCCCGGCCACCGUGCGUUGGCCUACACAUGCCUUUGCUGGGGAGCCACGGCCCGUUUAUAAUAAAGCUUGGGAGUUGUUUGCA